AUGUCGGCGCUCGGUAAUUGGACGUUCACGGCGCUCGUCACGUCGUUCCCGUCGACGGUGCUCCCGAACUUGGGCUUCUGGAAUGCUUCCAACGGCACGUGGGAAUAUCAAAUUGAAGUCGCUUGGCCUUUGAACUGGACUUCGCGAGAGGACACUGCCAUCGUUGAGACAUUGUACGUCCUCGAUGGAAACGCGCAAGGAAACGUUGCCGCACAGGCAGUCCGCAACCGCAAAGCCGUUGAAUUCGCGCAGCCCGACACCAUCGUAGUCAGCUUAGGAUACCCCGAUCUCAUCCCAGAUUCACCAUACAGCGAAGGCCGAUACUACGACUACCAGCCACCAGUCUGCGCGACUUGCCCUGCACCUGAACAACCUGGCGUUCCUUCUAACGCGGACAACUUCCUCGCCUGGAUUGAUGAAAUCCUCAAGCCCUGGGUCCAGAACGAGCUCUUCCCUAACACCGAGUUCUCCCGCGAUGCGCUGCACGGGCACUCCUUCGCCGGACUCUUCGCGACCUACGCUCUCAUCGCUCGCCCGGAACUCUUCGACACUUUCCUGAUUGCCUCACCUGCGCUAUACUGGAACGACAACUACAUCUUCAGCCAACUCGGCCCACUCAAGAAGCCCGCAGGAGCCAACGGCACCAAGCCCGCUGUGGCACUGAGCUACGGCGGCCGGGAGCAGAAUCCUGUUAAGAGACGUGUGGAGACGGAAGAGGAGUUCGAGACCAGGAAGUCGUUCCUUGCGUUCUCUAACAUGACGACUAACGUUAACGCGUUGUACAAUGAGAUCAAGAAUAGCACGCAGUUGAGGGAUGUCGAGCUGCACGAGUAUCCGUUUAGUGAUCACGCUGCUGUGGGGAUUGUGUCGAUUGCCGAUGGGCUUGACUACUUCUUUGAUUGGGCGCCGAGGAUUGCGUUCUUGAACAUUACGGUGUAG